UACAUGUGUGUCUUUUCUCUGACACACAGAGCAGACACACACAGUGCCAGUUUCCCUGUAGAAGCAUCUCCAUGGUGUCCACUCACUCAGUAUCUCUGGGGUUGGCUGGCAGAGGAGCUCAACACUCCUUCAUAGACAGACGCACAGGCUGAUGCUUAAUCCGUUUCAUCAAUGUGUAUGGUCAUUUUUGCUCCGCUUUUUGCUGUUUUAGCAUUUGCAACAUGUGGGGGAUAUUCUGGCCAGAUAAUGGUUAAAGUAGAUUGUUUGGAAUCCAAAAUCCAAAACAACAUCAGCAUCAGUUUCAACUACCCAUUCAGACUUCAACAGGCACACUUCAGUGCUCCUCUCUGUGAAGGAACAAGGAAAGAGACUCUCUUUCUCGAAGGGGAUUAUGCUUCAUCUGCACAGUUCUUCGUCACUGUGUCAGUCCUGGCUUUUCUCUAUUCCCUUUUGGCCACAAUUGUUUACUUCUUCUACCAGAACAAAUACAGAGAGAAGAACAGAGGUCCAGUAGUUGACUUCUUGGUGACUUUAGCAUUCUCUAGCCUGUGGCUGGUAAGCUCAAUUGCCUGGGCUAAAACUCUGUCUGGGGUGAAGACAGCCACUGAUGUGCAUCAAAUCCUUCUGUUAAUGUCUGCAUGCAGAGCCCAGGAGAACUCAUGUGAGGUCUUGCAGGAGCCCAUCUGGACAAAUCUCAACAUGUCUGUGGCCUUUGGUUUUUUGAACUUCUUCCUUUGGGCUGGUAAUAUUUGGUUUGCAUACAAAGAGACAGGUUUGCAUAAGUCCAUCCAGCGCUAUCCCUCCAGAACUCCCUCUGAGAAACGCGGCAGCUUCAGGCAGUACAGUCAAACCAGUCUUGAUCAAUCUGGAGCUGGUUUUGGCCAGAGGCUCUACAACCAGGCGAGUUUUGACUUAUCAUCCGGAGGCUUCAGUCUACCCCAAACUAGUCUAGGACAGCCGAUGCUGUACCGACAGGUGGGGAGUCCCACAUCCAGAGGCCCUCUCAUAUUUGUUAAUGAGAUGUGAGAGAGACUGUGAGUGUGGAGAAGAGAAAGAAAUUCGAAAGAAAUAACUGCCAACACUGAUGUUUUCUCAGUGAUAACACAGAUAAUUUGUCAUUGUGAAUUUGAUAUUUAUAGAAAUUGUGAUAUUUUUGUAGAAAUCAGUCUGCAUACUUUUAUUUAUUUGUUUAUUGUAUACUUAAGUCUGUAUUUGCCCUUAUGAAAAUGUACCAUAGUUCUUGUAAUUGUUUAAUUGUAGCAUUUGUUACAAUAAGGCUAUAAUUACUGGUGAGACCAUCGAUGGCUCCUCCUUCGGCCAGUGUUGACUUUUUUCUUUUUUAUUGAUCCAUUCAUUUGUUAUAUACACAUUUAGAAACUAUAGCUACAACAUGCCACAGCUGUAAUAUAAAUCUAUUGUGAACUGAAAGUUCUGCCUUGAUAUAGUAUAUAACCUAUUUUGCAUCUGAAUUUACCGUCUCAUAUAUGGCUGUUGAUAAUUUGUGAUAAUUCUGCAGUAUUUUAAUGGCUUUUAGCAUAGUAUGCCUACAUUCUAACAGUCUAUGUUUCGUGUUUUAAUAUUUGGCAGUGGCAGUACUGUGGUAACGACAUCAGAUGGCAAUACCAUGGUACUUUGAUAUGGCGUUUACUUUUCGGCUUCUUGAAGGUUCUUUAAAGAAUAGCAUGGUAUAACUAUCAUUUGGACAUGGUAGCAUGUCCAAAAAACUACUAAUACCAUGCUACUUUGUUGUAAGUUUUAUUUUUUAAUGUUCUGAUAUUAUGAAUAAUGAUUAAUUACCAGUAGGCGCCUGGAAAAAGCAAAUGCUUUGAGUCAGAGAAUUGCAUGGAACCCUGAAGGUCAAGGAUGAUGUCCUCCAAUCAGAGAUCUUUUUAAUGAAUCAUUCUGUCUAACCUCACACAGUGUUCAGUGAAAUGCAUGCAAAAGAGUCUGACAAAUAAAGUCACUCUGUUGUUCCAGUUUAUUGUAGGAUUUAAAACUGUACAAAUGUUAUAUGGAAACUGAUUGUGUCUUAAAAUUAAGUAAUAAAAUUAUACUAAUUCCUCUAAA